UCCAUCCCUUUGGGCUUUACGCUUUUGGACCGGCCGAGAUCUCCCCUCACCCGUCGCCGUUACAGAUGCGGGCCUAGACGAGAGGACACUGGACACCCCCCCUAUAUCACCGGAGCAAAGGCGCGCAAGGCGGCGGCGUGGCAUUGCGAAACAGCUUAGCAGAGAUGGCGGCCGGAGCUCCUCAUAACAUAUCAGCUAGCUAGCAUUCUCAUGUCGCAAAGCUAGGCUCCGGCAGUAGCGCGCCGCACCUAGCAAUCUUCUAGAGCAUCGCUCGCCCAGUCGCCCCCGGCGGCUGCUGCAAAAGGGGGAUCGAGGACAGAAUGAGAGUCCUCAGCCUCGUGCCGCUGGCGGUUCUUGUCCUCGCCGCGCUCCUGAGCUCCGGCCCUGCUAUCGUCCGCGGCGUCCGGGUGCCGCCGGCGGUUCUCGCCGCCGGGCGCCAGACGGGAGAGUACCGGGGCGCCUUGCCGCCCGAGCAGCGACGACCAAGGAGGACGGCCGCCGCUGCUAGCGGCGCCAGCGCCCGGCUCGACGCUUCCAGGAAGGCCGCGGGUCCCCUCCCUCCCUCCACGGUGUUCGACCCCGACAGGAUGAGCAAGCGCCGGGUCCGGAGAGGCUCCGACCCCAUACACAACAAGUGCUGAUGAUCGCUGCCUCUUCGACCCCAGAGCUUCCAAGUGUCAAUUCUCUUGGUUUAUUUCCUUCUGAUUUUCUCUUCUUGAAAACUCUCUCUCUCUCUCUCUCUCUCUCUCUCUCUCUCUCUCUCUCUCUCUCUCUCUUCCAUUUAGCACUUUUUCUUUCUGAGGCUAGAAGAGCUGUUCUGCCUAGGGUGCAAACGAUUUUG